GGUCGUUCCCAGGGUUCAAUGUGAGCUGUUUGCCCCACCCCAUCUCUCCAACGCUGUCUGUCUCAAUGUACAAUUCCCGGAGAAAAGGAAAAAAGCAAAUAAAGCGCACGAGAAACAGCUUUUUUUCGCAUCUGUGUACACGCGGCCUGUCUACGGAGGAAUCCCGGCCGUAGCGGAGUGUGUUCGUAGGAGCCGCGGUGUGUUCAUGUAUCUAAAUGCACAUGUGUACCUACCAUUCGGAUUGAAAGGGAGUACAAGGCUAGGGCUGACUGGAGCCCAUACCUGCACGAAUCGGGAAAAUACCGAAGAAAUUCUCGUAGUUUCGCCAUAAUCAGAGACAUCGGAGCCGAUUUAGGAGUUACCUUACGAGUCGGAGACCGGUACUGUUAGGUUUACGGAUGUGAAAAGCGACAGAAAUUAAAACAACAAAAGCGGGGAGAGAGAGGGGCCUUUCGGAUUUGGACAAAACCAGCAACAGCAACCAUCGCUGAAGAGAAGGAAAAUUGGAGGAAAAAAAUCAAAUUAUUUCUGGGACUAAAACCGAUCAUCAGAGUGUCAGUAGGAACAACAUGAUCCACUUACGGGUUUAAACGGAGUUUAGCCAGAUCGGGAAACUGUCAGAAUAAUGCACAUGCGGUAAUUUUAGUGUAAAUAUUUAUUUUUAUUUUUUUCGGGUUCCUUGUCGCUCUCUCGUCUCUGUGUGGAGGAAGACGGUAGGAAAGAAAUUAAGAGACAUACAAGACGUUCCAAAUGUAGGCUUAACAUUUAUAUUUUUUAUUUUUUUUUACCAACGAUAAUGAAAUAGGCCUACGUGCUUUGGGGCAAGUGAAGGAUUCUCGACGUUGAAAUAAAAUCGGUUUUGGAUUCCUCUUCGCUGUAGCUUCAACCAUAGGCUACGACCUUAGUGGGAUUCGUGAAAUGAAAUAAUUUACGUCAGUUUUAAAGACACCGUGACAUAGAGGGAAAUCUAAAAUUAAUUUAGCCUGUUAAACUGAAUAGAAGACCAACACAGCCUGUUUAAUAUAAACAGUUUAGAACAAAUUCACCGCCUGAGAAGGUGGCCUGUUGUCGUCAUCCACACUAUCCAACAACCCUUUCACUGUUCUGUAUAAAAUAAUGUACUCGUAACAAUAGUACGUUUAAGGCAAUAUUUUGGAAAAGAAUUCCAGUCGCAACAGUCGUUUGUUCUUUAGUCGUUAGCGUUAGCCUCAGUAGGCCCUGGACGAGCGAUAUGUCACAAAUCAUUGUCAGUGUGUUAAUUUCGUGGGCCAACUGAGGGAUCCAGGAUUGUUUAGUUUUUAAAUUCCCCCUCCCCUUAUCCUUAUUUGUUUUCGCGGGAAGAUGGGUUGUUUGAGCAACAGUAGGACCGAAGACCAACGAAACGAAGAGAAAUCUCAACGAGAAGCGAACAAAAAGAUUGAAAAACAGUUACAGAAAGACAAACAGUUAUACCGCGCUACACACCGGCUGCUGCUGCUAGGAGCGGGAGAGUCUGGGAAGAGUACUGUAGUCAAACAGAUGAAGAUCCUGCAUGUCAACGGCUACAAUACAGAGGAGAGGAAAAUGAAGAUUCCAUGCAUUAAGAGUAACAUUAAGGAAGCCAUUGAGACCAUUGUGUCGGCCAUGAGCAAACUGGUGCCCCCCGUCCUGCUGGCCUGUCCCGACAACAAGGCCCACAUGGAGUACAUCCUCAACCUCGCCAGCCAGAACGACUUCGAGUUUCCAUCUGAGUUCUAUGAGCACGCAAAGUACCUGUGGCAGGAUGAGGGGGUGCAGGCCUGUUUCGAGCGGUCCAACGAGUACCAGCUGAUCGACUGUGCGCAGUACUUUUUAGACAGGAUUGACAUUGUGAAGCAGAGCGACUACACUCCCUCCGAUCAGGACCUAUUGCGAUGCAGAGUGCUCACCAGAGGCAUUUUUGAGACAAAAUUCCAGAUCGACAAAGUUAAUUUCCAUAUGUUCGAUGUUGGCGGUCAGCGGGACGAGAGGCGGAAGUGGAUUCAGUGUUUUAAUGAUGUGACUGCCAUUAUUUUCGUGGUGGCCAGCAGCAGCUACAACAUGGUGGUCCGGGAGGACGAUCAUACCAACCGCGUACAGGAGGCCCUCAACCUCUUCAAGAACAUCUGGAACAACAGGUGGCUGCGGACAAUCUCCGUCAUCCUCUUCCUCAAUAAACAGGACCUGCUGGCCGAGAAGGUUUUGGCAGGGAAAUCCAAAAUCGAGGAGUACUUCCCAGAUUUUGCACGCUACACCACACCUGAUGAUGCGUCUCCUGAACCAGGGGAGGACCCGCGGGUCACCAGAGCCAAGUAUUUCAUACGAGACGAGUUCCUGAGGAUCAGCACGGCGAGCGGAGACGGCCGGCACUACUGUUACCCCCACUUCACCUGCGCCGUGGACACGGAGAACAUCCGCCGCGUCUUCAACGACUGCCGGGACAUCAUCCAGCGCAUGCACCUGCGCCAGUACGAGCUCUUGUGAUGGGAGGGGCCGGAGAGACAGACUCUGUGACCCCGCCCCUGCCCCCCCAACCCCGCCCGCCUCACUCCCCCUUCCCCGUCCCACCCCGUCCAGACUCAGUGUUCCCACGGCGACUCCUUAUUUCAGCGUUAAAAUAAAGAGGAAAAAAAUUCA